CUUCAAGAGGAGAAACAUCAGCUGAAGAAGGAGAUGGAGACAAGAAACAAAGAGAUGGAGAUCAGAAACAAAGAGCUGGAGACCAGGAAGAAAGAGCUGGAGACCAGAAACAAAGAGAUGGAGACCAGGAACAAACAGAUAGAGGAGAUGAAACAGAAGUGGGAGAAGAAGCUCAAAGAGGAGGAGAAAAAAAGAGAAAGAGCUGAGAAAGAAGUGGAGACACUGAAGAGGAAACUGGAGCCUGAGUCAGAGAGAAUCAAACCUGAAGAAACACAGAACAGCAGCAGCUCAGACAGUCAGAAGACGUCAGGAGACAUCACUGUGGUGAUUAAUGACCGCUACAACUAUAUCUGUCUGAGAAACAAAUCUGAUCAGGACAAACCAUUGGGAGGACGUCAGUUAAAAGUCCAGAUCAGUAAACAACCCAUCACAUACACAUUUGAUCCAUCAGUGGAACUCAAGGCUGGAGACAGAGUUACUUUCUACCGUCCAGACUGUGAUGAGAGUUUUACUCUACCUCAUCGACUGGAGUGGGAGGACCUGAAGUACUGGAGCCCUGGAGACAGAGUCCAGGUCUCUCUGCAGUGAAAUAGUUCCUAGUUGAACUCCUUCAAUAAAGUUCAGUGAUCCAGCAAACAGCAACAUUAUAGAUGAGAAACAGCACGACUCAGAUCUUCCUGCA